AUGACCGAACCAUACGACUACAUGGAUAAUUUCCGUAAUGCCAUGAAAGAACGAGAGGCAAAUGAGGUAACCAAGUGCCGCCUGUUCCCAACAACGCUCAAAAGCCCUGCCACAAGCUGGUUCCAGCGACUCACUCCAGAAUCAAUUGCUAUACACCACGAACGACUUCUCAGUGGUCAGACAAUGACCCGACAAGAAACUCCUGGAUUACAUCACCUGAUUCAACAACGAGUAUGCACGAUGUGA